AUGCUGGUAGGCAAGCUGGAGGAAUUUCCAUCACUGAAGAGCCCAUCGGGCCAGGAAGACAACCCCUUGAGGCGCAAGAAGAGAAAACUUAUCUUAUAUUCGUUAUACUUUUUUUCGAUGAUUGCAAUGUACAGAGUUGUCAAGACUUUCUAUUGGCUGUACACCUUGGAUCUCAACAAGCUGUGCCUCAACAAGGUGGUGUACGACACGGAGACAUGGAAGAAGAUAGAGGUGGGGAUUUCCCUCGAGAACUCCGAGUCGCCCAUCCAUGUGAAGUUCAUGAAUGUGACUGCCAAUCUGUUCAGCAUACUGUCUGACGGCACGGAGCUCCCUCUUCUAUCGCUGAGGAUUCCUACAGCAAACAUCACGAAGAACAAGAACAUCCUGUUUAACGGAGACAUAUACAUCGAGAACUUCAACAGGAGAAAUAUGAUUGAGUCGCGGUUUUCAGUCCACUUUGGAAUUAAGAUGGAUGCAAAGAUGUAUCCGCGCCUGUGCUUCAUAAGGUUUCCAUUCUGCAGCUCGCAGUCCUUUUCUCUGGGAAGCUCUGUCUCGAGUCCCGGAAAGGAGGUUGUAUUCAAGCAGAUCUAUGCCGAGUCGAGGGAUGGCAAGCUCCUUCUGGAGGGAGAGAUCGAUAACAGGAAGUUCAACAUCCCGAAGUUUGUUGUGAUUCGAAGCCAGGGAGUUGUAAUCAACUUUGCAGGGGGCCGGGGUCCCAGGACCAUAGUGGUUGGGCCUGUUGAGGUGGAUGGGUCGAUCUUCCUGACGCCCUUGAUUGUAAGGAUUGUAAUUUCGGAAGAAUGGGGAGACGAGCUCAGAAGGGACUUUGUCCGGGUCCUCAGGGGAGAGGAGGUCGGGGUCCGAGUGGAAGACUUUUACUUCAAAAACAAUGCCGAAGGAACGCCUGAAGAGCGCAUCAAGCUUGGGUUUGGGAUUGGAUUCAAUGUAAGGAAUCAAGAGGGCUAUGAUAUAGCGUUUAAGGGAUAUGGAACCAAGAACAUCCCCUCGAAGAAGCCGUUGAUAAUCCUGAAGAAUGAUCCGGGAAUGGGCGAUCCUAGCUUCAGCAUCUGCAUCAACAAGGAUAUCUUCCCAUGCAUUGAGUACCACAGCUCUCUUGCCAUGCGCUGCAAUGCAUUCAGCGGGAACAUGUAUCUCAACGGGCAUCGCAUCGGGGAAAUCAAGGUUUCCAUAGACAACGGAGACGAGCACUUUAUACUCUCAUGCAGGUUUUCAGAGUUUGAUCCCUCAAAGUUUCUUGAAGCCUUCAAGCUGCAUAAGAAGAAGGACCUAAGGGUUAUUUUCGGGUCCCCAAGCAGCCUUGGGGUUCUUGUGAAUAAUAUCGAGCUGGUAUGGAAGCUCUCUGGAGAGCUAUACAUUCUUUUCAAGGAUGUAAGGUACGACAUUAUGUCUUCGCAGAAGAAUACAAGCAUAAUCAGUAUCCUGCACGCCCUUUCCAGCAGUGGAAAGUCGCUUCGUAUUGAUACGUUGGCCACAUUUGCCCCGAUAGAGGAGAUCUCCUACAACUUCUUCCAACUGAAGCUCCUUGGCUUCGGCUUCUCUCUCUCCAAGCUGGGGAUAGACGCAGACAUCACUGUGCUGGACACUGACAUAAGGUGCCAAAACAAUGCCGAGCCAUUGAUCAAGAGGCUCUUUGGAGAGUUCCUGGUGUGCACAAGGAUCAACGACACGCUAGACAGCAUACUAGACAGGAUUGGAUAUUGUGGAGACGAUUCCGUGGAAGAUGAGCAGGAGAAAGGUCCCAGCAUCGAAAAGCUCUGCCUCAAGUACGACAAGAGCAGGCCCAACGAAAUUAGAAAGCACUUCUUCUCUGUGUCUGUCUCCGAAAACAAGGCAUCCUGCAGCCCUGGGGUUAUUAUCCAAAAUAUUGUCAGGAUGCCAGGUGACAUGAAGUUUGAUAUUGUAGCAGAUGCAAGAGGCCUGGGCUUUGGGCCUGUUACACCUGUGACCGUGAACGUCGAGCAUGCAGAGAUCUGCUAUGCGUGGAAAGGUAAGGAGUCGUGGAUCGACUUCAUAGGUGGAGUAGACUUUUCGGUAUCCUUUUCCCAUCUUUAUGAUCUUGUGGCAUUGGGAAUGUGUGAUUUGGAUGUAGUUUGUGACGAAGAGGACUAUUUGGCUGGGAUGAUCAAGAGUAUGGCUUCCAGGGCCAUCAGGGAAAGGAGUAAGGGAGGUGUCGAAAAGGAGGUGGGUAGUAAGGACAUGGUGCUCAAGUCCAGGCUCCGAAGGUUGAGAAAUGACAAGCUAAGUCCUGUAUAUGUGUAUGAGGGGACUACGGAGGUGUCCAUUCCCAUGGAGAUGUUUGACUCUGCAAGCAUUGAGUUUGAUAUCCCAAAGAUCAGACUUGUGAUUUUUGAGGCAUCCAAUGAAAACCCCCACGACAGGAGGUUUGCCUCCAUAGAGACUCUGCCUUGUAUUCAACGCGAGCUUGGAGAGCACAAGUACAAGUCUUUCGGGGUGCUGUACAGGUUUUCGGAGCUUCCCUCCUGCAAUGUCCCGAUGAACGUUUGCCUUGUUGUUGAUGAUAGGAUGCAUGAAUUCAUGACCAUCGAGCACGGUCUUUACAGAAGAACGAUGGGAGACAUAAGGAGAGAGAUUUUUGAAAAGAACAGCGGGAGAAAGGAAAAUAAAGUGUUGGUUGCUGAGAUCAACAGCACAAGCAACUUCAGAGUCGGGAGCCUAGAGGAUGGAUUUGCUUCUGACGAGGGCACCUGGUCGCUGAAGAUCACCAGCAGCCAUCUAAGCCACUUUCUGUUCUCAAGAAUUCCCGGGCUACUUCUGGAGUCCUUCUACAGGGUCAUAGCGCCUGGAAUGAAGUUUGAGAUAGACGUGGACAGGGAUACCCUGGCACUCUACGUGGAGUCCGACCGAAGAAAUCCUUGGAAGACUGUUGGGGAAGAGGAAAGAAAAAGUGAGAGCAUGAGAGGCCCAUUCUACAGGGUUCUUGAUCUCAUGUUCUCCAGAUUCCUAUUUUCAGAGACAAUCAGAUACAACUACCAGUCGGUAAAGAGGCUUUGUCCCGAUGGUAGCGAAAGGACGGAGCUCAAAAGGCCAUACCACGACCCGUUUGUUGAUACGGCAGAGUACAGAAGUUGGAGCCUUGUCGGCAGGUUUGGAAUCGAAGGAAAGGUCCCUGGCUACGGAAUGAUAUGGAUUCCAAAGGUAAGGUUCAAUAUACCCCUUGGGUUUGCUUUGGUAAGCAUCUUUCCUAGCCAUAAUCCAUAUGUCUUCACUGUGAACAAGGCUGGAAUGUAUUUAGGGUUCCCCCUUCCAUUUGACUUCUUGAUCCCAUCGCCGGGGAUGCCUGCCGAGAUUGUGUUUACCUCAAAGUCGAACGACAAGGAGCUUUGCAGGUUUGAGCUUGGAUCUAUUGACGCGAGGCCGAAUGUGUUCUUCAUGAGCAUCUGCAUUCCGCCAACAUCAUACAUAUUGAGCCUCAAGGAAACAAUAAGGCGGUAUAGAAAGUACAGGAGGAAGGACCUCCCUGUGAUCCAACAAGACGCAAAGAUCUCCAUCCUUGUCAAUGGUGCCAAGGCUUAUGAAUGUGUUAAUAGAAUAGUGAUUGAGGCCCAGGAGUUUAGUAGUUUUCUCCACUCGUUGGCGUUUCUCGAGAAGCGAUUCCUCAAGGCCACGGGUUUCAUGGCAGGACGGGUUCAGAAGGGCCUUCGCGAAAACAAGAAGAUGCAGCCCCCAGCAUUGGGCAGCCACUAG